AUACCACAAACCUGGCUGUUUCCUUGUGGUCACAAGCAAUACUAGGAGCUGAAGAAGCAGAGCGAAAAGGACCAAGAAGGGUCUCCGUCGUUUCCCGGGUAAAUGCGGGUACAAUCGUAACAGGUGUGGAAAAGCUGCUCCCCCAGGACGCACAUUUCGAACCUUGUACCUAAAGGAUUAAUAUUGGUUUCAAACAUCGGCAGAAGACAAGCAAUUUGAUUGGAUGGGGUAUUAAUUUACAUGAUGAUAAAAAUGGAUUACAUCUAAAUGGAUAAUAGUGGAUUUGAUAUACAGCUCUGAUCAUAGGGCAUAGACCGGUGAACAACACUUCCACAGAGGAGAAAUGUAUCAACACAACACCAACAGGAUCUCGCUCAUUUUGAUGUUAAUGGAUUCGUUAUCAUAUACUGAUUAGUUUUGGCCAGAGUUCCGUUGUGAUGGAGUUCCAUACUACUAGGGACCUAUUUCGAAUUGACCCACAGACUGAAGACAUACUACCUGAAGAUGGUGGUACACUUAAUUUGUCGUUUGGGCAAAGGCCAAUACCCAGCUUCACUCACCCGGAUUUCACUCAAAGUCCUUGUGGUGAUGGGUUAUGUUUCUUUAAUGGAACUAAUGGUACGAACAAUGGAAGUUUGAAUACAGGAAACCUUGACGGCACCCUCAACUGGUGGGCUCUUGCACCAGCUCCAUUUGUAAUUUUUGGAAUUACAGGAAAUCUUCUCGUUUGUCUUGCCAUUGCUAAGGAACGGAGACUUCAAACUGUCACCAAUUACUUUCUGUUCUCCUUAGCUGUUACUGAUCUAUUAGUUUCUCUUAUCGUAAUGCCAUUUAGCAUUUUACAUGAAUUCAGAGGGUACUGGAGUCUCAGUUUAGGAUUGUGCAAUUUUUACGUGACUUCUGACGUGAUGAUGUGUACGGCAUCAAUUAUGCAUCUUUGUACGAUAUCAGUUGAUCGAUAUAUUGGAAUACGUUACCCACUGAAGACGAGAAACAAAUCAAAGGGUACUGUAGCGGUAAAGCUACUGAUCGUAUGGUCACUGUCGUUAGUUGUGAGCAGUCCAAUUACAGUACUCGGCAUUGUAGAUGAACAUAAUUUAAUUAUAGAAAGACGAUGUCUAGUUAACAAUGACUAUUUUAUAAUAUACGGUUCUAUCAUAGCAUUCUUUAUUCCGCUUGUCAUUAUGGUUGUAACCAAUGUACUGACGAUGCAGUUACUAAAUGAACAGGCACGGUUGUGCAGUCAGAAAAAAGAUGAAGGCUGCCCUAUGAUUAGAAGAGUUCAAGGAAGCAGGCGACUAAAUAGAAAUCCAAUUGUAGAUAAACGUUUCCAAACGCCCAAAUCCAAUACAACGAGUAACACGACCAAAACGGUGCCUUCUACAAGAAAGUGGGCAAUGGAUAGCAACGAAAACCGCAAGCUUCUAGCUAAAAAUGUGAGUACAGCUGCGCCUAAAGUAGACAAAGGACCAUCAGAAGUACAAAAUCAGGGAGAUACAAGUGGCUUUAGUGCUAAUUCCUCUCCAGCGAGUCCAAGACCUUCAAAAUUCCGCUAUCUAAUUGCAAAACAUAACAUAACCUCUAAAGCUGCAAACAGGAUGUUAUUAAGAAAAGACCUCUCGAAAGAGAAUGCUGUACAAACAGAACGGAAGGCUACUAAAGUGUUAGCUGUUGUGUUCACCAUUUUUGUUGUUAGCUGGGCUCCUUUUUUCACCACUAAUGUUAUGACUGUACUUUGUAAAUGGUGCCACGUAGACCAGUUCCUUUUUGUGGCUUUUGUAUGGUUAGGUUAUAUAUCCAGUACUCUGAAUCCAAUCAUAUAUACUAUUUUCAAUAGAACUUUUAAAGCAACAUUUAUCAAACUCAUGGUUUGUGAUUACAGUUCGUUUGGACGAUUGAAUCGCACACAGAGUCUUAAAGGUAUUGAGUCAAGUACAUACUACCAUGGGUUUAGUUCAUCAGAGAGAAAUCACGAAUCACUCUGCUGACAAUAAAUUUUAAAGGAACAAUAUCUCUCACCGAAAUCCUCAUGGAAUCUUAAAGCCGAAAUGUAAAAUUUAAAGAAAUAAACAAUGAUACGGCGAGAAAACAGGAGGGGAUUGAAAACUGUUAAAUAUACUUUGAAAAUCAAAUUAAAAUCUUCCAAAAACACUCAUUUGAUAAAAUUAUCUAUUUAGAUUCAUGCAGGUCUCACAAGUCGAUUGAUUUAACUCCACUUUUGAAAGUUGAAUUUCGAAUGAGCAUGAUCCCAUUUUCCAUUGAUCACACGUAACUUAUGAAACCACGUCAAAUUACCAAUAAAUAUUGUCUAUAAGUUUUAAACAAUGUACAUAUACGGCCUAAUAUUGUUGAUAUGAAAUAAAUGCAGGCGAUAUAUUAGUUAACAAUUAUGAUACAAGAAUCCAAAUUAUCGAAAAGAACGAUCAAAACGUACAUAUAUAAAUAAAUUUAUACAAAUAUAAAUACAUCUGUAUACCGAAAAAGCUGCACACAUGUAAAGAUAUGAACUAUUAUUCGCACGUAUUUACAUGCAAACAAGCGUAUUUACAUACAAACAAAGACAAUUGUAAAGAAGACAUCAUUAUACGCACUUAUGUGCGAAUCAUUGCGUGGUAGCAUUGUUAGUUUACCAUGUCAAGACUACAAUAAAAGUCGCGCUCCAAUUGGAAGGGCAAUACGGCCCCCCAGAUAACAUUCAAAUUACGUAGGAGAAAAACGCUCUAAAUAUACAUUCAAAAAUGUAUAGUUGUAUAUAUAUAUAUAUAUAUAUAUAUAUAUAUAUAU